CGGGUUCUGAGGAAUGGUUGCGGGUUUUAGUUCAGUCCUGGAGGGCGUGAGAAGGGAGCAAGGAAGCGAGGAGGGAAGGGAGGAGCGCAGAGUUUAUUCCACGGGUUUCCCCGGCACGCGCCCCGCCCCGCCCCUCCGCUCCAAGCUCCGCCCACUGCGUUCUUCUACCUGGCUCUGGAAUUAGUAGUCGAGAUCAGGAUAACUUCUAUUUAAUUAUCUAUUUCGGUGUUUUAAGUUUUUGUUUUGUUUGAGACAAGGUCUCUCGACAUAUCCCUGGUUUUCCUGGAAUUCACUCACUACGUAGAUCAGGCUGGCCUCGAAUUUACAGAUAGAUUCUCCUGCCUCUGCUGGGAUUAAAGGCGUGGGCUACCAGGGGUCUAUUAUAAUUUUAAACAGCAGUCUUAGUAACCUUGAUGUUUCCUUAAAAUCUAAAGUGUAAACUACAGUCUGUUUUGUACAUUAGCGGAGCUGUGCAACUUGGACUGUUCUCCCCACCCCAAAGAAAACUAACUGUUCUGAGGAACACAGUCCCGAGCAUCGCUCCGCCCACCACCUGCCCCUACCCCAGUCUGUCUCUGGAGCUGGCUCCAUCGUGUACACUGCUAGAUGUUCCGUUUGUGUCUGUGACUCAGGACUGUGUGUUUCUUGUGAUGUGACAGUGGAUAUUGUUGUGCUGCCUUUCCCCUUGUCCUUCUUUCUUUUUCUUUCAGAAUAGAAACUAUGUGAAUAGUUUAGUGGUAAGGCAAGCCCUUGGUUUGUGUGCUUGAGGACCUGGGUUCGAUCCCCCAGUUCCCCCUGUCUCAUCGUUUUCUCCUGACCCAUUCGCCGACUCUCAGACAGUAUGUUUAGAAGAACAUGUGCAGCUGCUUAUUUUAUGGUGCAAAGGAUUCUGCUUUUCAGCACAAUUUUUUUUGUUUCCUUUUGGUCCAGUGCCCAGUCUGGGGUUUUGGGCAUUUAAGUGAUCCAAAAUGCAAAGCAAGAUUAUCACCUCAGGGAUUCUUUUCAUCAGUGACCUUCAGUUUGAUGUUCUUUCAAGCCUCCUUUGAAGGCAAGCAGAAUAUACUGGGCUCAUCCAUGACCUCUUCGCUCCCUUCCACAGGCCUCCAGUGCAGGGUUACAUAACGGAAGCGGAAGCCAGAGGUGCCUUGCAGAGGUCCUGCUGAAGCUCCAAACUUGCUUAGCUGUUAGAGCGCCCGCAGAGAGACGGGAUGUUCUGUUUUUUGGAAACCUUAUCUUUCCACUCCUUUUAGAAGUGCUCAGCUGAUACCUUGGCUGAUCCUCUGCCUGAGCAAGUGUCUGCAGCAUGUGACUGGAUGUCCUCAAACAAGGACCUGGCCAGGCGUCAGUGUUGAUUUGUUUUCUAUACUUGCUGGCUUUGCCUGAUCAAGGUUAUAGCACUGAGGCUGCUCAGACAUGAGCGACUGAAGGCCUUCGAGCUGGGCUCUUUCAUUUGGGAGCAGCUUUUUAAAGUGUAAAGAUAGGAUUAUCUGCAGCAGGAAUGGGGCUGUUGCCGGUGAAGCACUUGGUGUAGGGGUCGAAUCUACUAUACUGUUGACAAAUGCCUAUGGACUCCCAGGCAGCCACGCCCAGCAGCCUGUCCGAAGAGAGCUGUACCUUGGAUCUACCUAUGGUGUGUGACUCCAUGGGUUAUGAAGCAUCCCAGGGAGCCAGCCAGGGAAGCGACAGCACCUCUCUGAGUUCUCUGGAACCCCAUCCUUUCCCUUCUUCUUCAACUGCCGAUUCAGGCUUCUUGCCUCAAACUGGACGAAAACCCAGCCAUUGUAAACUCCUCCUGCAAGCAAUCUUCUCUGACACAGAUAGCAAUUCUCUAACUACUGAGCAAAAAGGCUCCUGGGACUCUGAGAACUUCUGGCUUGAUCCUUCUUCAAAAGGCCAGGUGGAGACCAACGAAGAGGAGGAUGGACUUCGGAAAUCCCUGGAUAGAUUCUAUGAAGCAUUUGCCCAACCACUGCCAGGCUCUGGGGAUCCGCUCUCUGCACCUGUGUGUCAGUGCCUGUCUCAGACCAUCUCUGAGCUCGAGGGCCAGGAGAGCCAAAAGUAUGCUCUCCGCAGUUUCCAGAUGGCCCGGGUCAUCUUCAGCCGGGAUGGCUGCUCUACCUUACAGCGGCAUUCCAGGGAAACCCGCUUCUACCCACUAGAGCAAGAAGGCAGCUCUGUGGAUGAUGAAGAGCCCACCCCAGGACUGUCAAGAGAGGUCAUUCGUUUUCUCUUGGAACAGACCAUAAUGAAAGACUCAUAGCUGGUGCUGAUGUUGUGAAAGUGCUGUCACCUGCUCCCCAGAGUCCAUGGAUGUGUGUAGCACAUCUUUCUGUUUCCACCAUUAGCCGUAAGCUUUGCAGGGAGAAGCUUUGAUGGAGCCAGUAAGCACCUUGGUGUGCUACCUCCUACUCACCUUGGCCAAGGCUGCUACUGAUUCAACUAGGGUCGAGUCCUAGCCGAGCUUCUUGCCUUAGUCAGUGCUCCUGAGUGCUGUCCUGGUGACCUGGCCAGAGCUGGGACUUUGGCAGGAAAUCACUUCCCUGAUUGAGUUCAUCCCUUCCCCCACUCACCUACUGGUAUCUCUAGGGCCUUUUCUUUUCUUCGUUUUUUUUUUAAUUUAUUUUUCUUGAAUAUUUUAUGUAUUCACAUUUCAAAUGUUAUCUCUUUUCCCCUCUCCCAUACCUCAUCCCCCUCCUCCUGCUUCUAUGAGACUGCUCCCAUCCACCCACUCCAACCUCAACACCCUGGCAUUCCCCUACAUUGGGGAAAUAGCCUUCACAGGACCAACGGCUUUCCCUCCUAUUGAUGCUGGAUAAUGCCAUCCUCUGCUACAUAUGUGGCUAGAGUCAUGGGUCCGUUCAUGUGUACUUGUUGGUUGUUGGUUUAGUUCUAGGGCCUUUUUUAAAUAAACUUCUUGUAUCUGCA